CCGAUCCGAUUCCAUCCCAUCCCAUUCGUCUUGAUUCACUACCCAUCCCAUCCAGUCCCUUCGCCCUCCUCCUCCCCGCGCCGCCGCAGGCCGGCCACUUACCGGUCGCUACGCCCACCCCCCGGGAGGCGACGAAUUACCUGCGGCGCAGUCACACUGUAGAGGAGUGUCCCGCCCGAGCCCUAAUUCUCAAUCCGAUCCCCACGCACUCACCGGCAGGGAACCAGCGGCAGCGCCAAGAAAAUCACUGGGUGGACACCGCAGAGCUAUCGUGGAAAGCGAUCGAUCUGUGCGACGGUGGGCGGCCAGCCGGCCGGCGUGCAGCCGUGGUGGCUACGUCCAUCGGUCGUCCAGGUCAAGAUCGAUCCAUGUCGGGGUGCCUGUGGCCGUGCGUGUCCAGCGCCAAUGCCAUGACGGGGGGGAUGGGCGGGGGGUUGUUCGGGCCCAAGGCCAGGAGCCCGGCGGAGCUGGUGCGACACACGCGCGACCUCCUCCGUUUCAUCGCCGACCAUCCGGAACCCUGCAGCGGCAAACUAGAAGCCAAGCGCGAACAAAAGAUUACAGAUCUAAGCAUAAGUGUUAGGGCAAUGAAAUCCAUUCUCUAUGGAGAUGGCGACGGUGAUCCUGUUGCCGAAGCAUGUACGCAAUUGACAAGGGAGUUUUUCAAGGAUAAUACUUUACGUCUAGUAAUUGUUUGCGUUCCACAUAUGGACCUGGAAACUCAAAAGGAAGUAACUCUAGUUUUUGCAAAUCUGGCAAGACAAAAGGUAGAUUCAAGGAUCCCUGCCUCUGACUACUUGGAAGUUAACCAAGAUCUUUUGGAUAUAUUAAUGGCUGGGUUUAAUAACAGGGACAUUGCGAUACAUUAUAGUACAAUAUUGAGGGAUUGCGUACGCCACCAAGUUGCUGCACGGUAUGUAUUAUAUUCUCAGCAUAUGAAGAAAUUCUUUGAUUAUAUCCAGUUUCCUGACUUCAGUCCAUCAUCAGAAGCCUUCAAGACAUUUAAGGAACUCCUGACAAGGCAUAAAUCAUCAGCAGCUGAAUUCUUCACGAAGAACUAUGAUUGGUUCUUUUCAGAUUUUCACACGAAAUUGCUACAUUCUUCCAACUAUGUCACCAAAAGGCAGUCUAUUCAGCUAUUGGGAGAUAUUCUAUUGGAGAGAACAAAUUCAUCAGUGAUGCUGCGUUACGUCAGCUCAAAGGAAAACCUCAUAGUUCUAAUGAACCUUUUAAGGGAUCCAAGCCAACCUAUACAAGUGGAGGCAUUUCAUAUUUUCAAGCUGUUCACUGCAAAUAAAAAUAAGCCUCGUGACAUCAUCAGCAUACUGGUGGCAAACAAGAGCAAAAUCAUCAGGUUCCUCAACGCCUUCACUCUGGAAAAAGGGGUUUCUCUGGCGCUGAUCGAUGCAGAGGAUAGGGUGUUCGAGUCGGACAAGGCCCAAGUACUCGUCGACAUCACGGCCUUGAAGCUGUAGAAUCGGAUGCAGUGUCGACAUGCCUUCUUCUUGUUCUUUUGCCUUUGUUAAUUAUAAUACUCCAUAAAACCGACUGGGAAGUUGGAUUAGGAUGCCUAGCUGUUUUGGGCAACAUGUUGCCCUGUUUCAUCCUUGAGCAGAGCAGAAAAGAAGGAAUUGCUUUUAAUUUGA